GUGCAGAAGAUGUUGCAGGGACCCCAUGCGGUGGGGCCUGACAGGCCGCUGUUGUUGCGGUUCUCCUUCAGGUCUUGUGUUGUGGGGACCCUGUGCCUGCCUCUGCUGGGAUUGCUCUCUUGUGUCUUCAUCUCCUCUGUGUAUCACUUUGAGGACGCCACAGGAACACACUGCCACGUUGCUAACUACCUGCCGUCCAUAAGUGCCUCCAUCAGCCUGAGUCCAGAGUGCCACAUCUGGAGGGCCUGUAUUGGGCUGCAUUGGGCCCCCCGUGUCCUGGUGGAGUACAGUUACUCCAAACUGUACAGGGGCCGCUUUGGGGCCCGCUCUGUGGAGAGGUCCCUGAGUGCCCUGUGCCUUUUUUUCUCUGUGUGUGAGAACAUGGGCCUGCUGCUGCUCACCUCUGUCUCCUCCACUGAGGCCUAUGCCGUGCAUAAGACUGGGUUCCUCCUGUUCAUUGGCAGCUCUCUGGUCUACAUGCUCAUAACCUGCCGUUUGUGGAGUGCUAUAAAGAAACAGUCCUUUAGCCCUGAGGAUGCCAGGUCUCAUUGCUGGAAGAAACGCCUGCUAUUCGCCUGCUCCUUCUUCUGUGGUUUUGCCGGGUUCUUCUACUGGAAGCACAACAUAUACUGCCAAUCUGGAGCAUACACAAUGUUUGCUCUCUUCGAGUAUCUCCUGGUCUUCUCCAACAUGGCGUUCCACCUCACAGCAGUGUGGGACUUCAGAGGCCGGGAUAUAGUGAUGGUCUCUUUGGAGGAUAAACACUUCUGA